AUGCGGCCGCCGGAGUCUCUCGACGAGCCUGCGUCGCUCUCCUUCGCAGACUUGAUCAAGCAGCAACAGACCGCCGCGACGUCGCGAGCAGGGGGCAGAGGAGAUCUUGUUCUCGCAUAUGGCUCUUGCCUCAUUCGAAAAUACAAGCAGAAGCUAGGCAAUGCAUUGUGGGGCGUCUUGGAGACGGUCUACGUCCAAGCGCUCGAGUACCGACAGGACCGGCUGGCGCGGUUUUGCCUGCAGACGCUUCAGCAGCGCUGGCCCGGGAGCGCGCGGGUGAAGCGCCUCGAGGGCCUGGCGCUAGAGGCGCAGGCACACUGGGACGCUGCGCUCGCGCGGUACGAGGAGAUGCUGGAGCAGCAUCCCCACGACCCGCUGACGAGGAAGCGCGUCGUCGCGGCGCUGAAAAACCGAGGCCGCCUCUCGGAGUGCAUUCAGAUGCUUUUCUUGCACCUGGACGAGUUCGGAACGGACGCGGAGGCCUGGCAAGAGCUCGGCACGAUCUUCGCGGGAGAAGGGAGACUUGCUCAGGCCGCCUUCUGCUUCGAAGAGUUGCUCGUCCACGAACCGCUUAACAUUCUUUUCCUCUCCGUCUACGCUGAGCUCCAGUACGGCCUCCACCGCUGCCGGUUGAGUCGGCAGUACGCGGCCUAUCUGGUGUCGUUGCACCCGCGCAACAUCCGCGCGUUUUGGACGCUCAUCAUCGCUUCGCGACAGACGAUCGACGAUGCGUGCGGCAAAGACCGGAUCACGCGCGGGCAGGAGAAGACGAAGAAGACAGAGAAAGAGAAAAGCGCGUCUCCGGCGCCUUCCUCGGCGGUCGACGAGGAAGUGAAAGACGUGCUCCACCUCUCGCUCGGUGCGCUGCGGCGUCUCGGCGCGAUCUACGAAGAAGAAAUCGCCAAAGCUGACGAAGAAGAUGGGGAAACUGUCGGCCGCUGCGUGCUUGACGCCCUCUUCGGCGAGGCGGCGCUGCGACGCCUGGAGAGUCAUCGCCGAUUCUUCGUUGCGCGGGCUGCAGGCCUGGGCAUCGAAAUUAAGUAG